AUGAGAUUUCAGCGAAGCAAUCUUUGCUUCACUUGGGCUGCAAUAUUCUUAGGUCUUGUUCCUGGUGAUAUCUACUCUGAUUUACAUCGAUCGAAAUUGAUCCCGGAGCCUCUAUUUGGUGACAACCAUCUGCAUCUGUCUUGGAUCGCUGCAGAAAACUGGACGUAUACCAAAACGUUUAGUGUUGACCUAUCAAUACUAAAGUACAGAAGAAUACUGCUUCUAUUGAAAGGCGUCGACACCGUGUCGACAGUGGUCUUGAAUGACGACAUAUUAUUGAAUACAACUAAUCAGUUUGUGGAAUAUUAUGCUGAUCUGACUGGAUCCCUCAAGAAAAAUAACAAAAUUGAAAUACGGUUUACAUCACCAGUCUUAUAUGCCGAGGAAAAGUCGUCCGAAUACAGUGUGAGUUCCGUAGCGUGCUUGUUCAGCUCGUGCUCGUUUUUGAAUUGA